AUGGCCCACUGUAAUGAGAUUACCGCAGUAGAUGACCAAAGUGAACUGCUUCGUCAAGCUACAAAAGAUGAGAUACGAGAGAGGAAGAAAAUAGUACAAAAGAGGAAGAAAAUAGAUCAUAUAAUCGAGAUAAAGGAAACAAAUGGUCAAGAUCAAUUAGGGUUACACGCAACCAUAUUCAAAGUAAACGUGGGGCUACGAGAAUCAAAUCCAGAUGCUUAUACGCCGAAGUUGAUCUCCAUUGGCCCUUACCAUUAUAAGAAUCCAGAACUUGGUUCGAUGGAGAAGUACAAAUUGUUGUACCGACGACGGUUUCUGCAGCGGAAAGCGGGGCUUGAUGUAGAAAGUUGCAUUAGUGCAAUUGAAGAAAUGAAGGAUAAAGUACUAAAUUGUUAUGAUAAUAUAGAGGACCUGGACAGUGAUAUUAUUAGCAAAUUUUCAGAAAUAAUUUUUCUAGAUGGAUGUUUCGUGGUUGAGUUUAUUCGAGAGUGUCAUGGAAUGAUUCCUGAAGGAGAAGACCCAAUUAUAAACAAAGAUUAUAUGAUAAACCUUGCAUAUCGAGACUUGUUGUUACUAGAAAACCAACUUCCUUUCUUUGUUCUCACCAAGCUUUAUUACCUGACGAAGGAAGUUGAUGAAAUACCAUUCGCAAAACUGGUGAAGGAGACCUUUUCUACAUUAAAAACAGAGAUGGACCCUGCAUCCUAUUUUGCAUACUAUCUAGAGAAUGAAAGUAAUGCCGAAAGCAUCACACAUUUGCUUGAAGUAGUAGACAUGCAUCCUCACCCUUCACAUUUGUAUUAUCGCCUCUCUAAAAAGCGUGGUAAGGAGCACCCAACACGGCAGGCCAACAUGCCGACUGCAACAGAGCUUAGUGAAGCAGGGGUUAGAUUUUCAAAAGUUGGAGAUAUUCAUAGUAACCUUAGAGAUAGCACAGCUUUAUUUGAUAUUAAAUUUGAGAAUGGAUAGAUGAAAAUUCCUUGUUUUGAAGUCAAUGAUUACACGGAGACCCU